GUGGUACAGGGUACAAUGCCAGAAAGACUAACGGAAAUGCUUAUGGAUACAUGGACUCCAUUAAUAAUAUUAUGGAUUACUCUCCUUCCUUCCAUUUAUAUGGCUCCGAUGAAUCAAACUCAAAUAUUACCAAGUGGAUCCAGUAUAGAACUAAAGAGGUUAGCUGAAGAACAGAGAGUUUUGAACCGUUCCAAGAGAGGCUGGGUUUGGAAUCAGAUGUUUGUAUUAGAAGAAUUUUCUGGACCUGAACCAAUACUAGUUGGCCGGUUACACACAGACUUGGAUCCUGGCAGCAGCAAAAUCAAGUAUAUCCUAUCAGGAGAUGGAGCUGGAACGAUCUUUGUGAUCAAUGACAAGACUGGAGACAUUCAUGCAAUGAAAAGGCUUGACCGUGAGGAAAAAGCUGAGUACACUCUAACUGCUCAAGCAGUCGAUAGGGACACAAAUAAACCUCUGGAGCCUCCUUCAGAAUUCAUUAUUAAGGUUCAAGACAUCAAUGACAAUGCCCCAGAGUUUGUUGAUGGUCCAUAUCAUGCCACAGUUCCAGAAAUGUCUAUAGUAGGCACCUUUGUUACUAAAGUAACAGCUACAGAUGCAGACGAUCCAGUUUAUGGAAAUAGUGCUAAGCUGGUUUAUAGCAUUCUGGAAGGACAGCCUUACUUUUCUAUUGAGCCACAUACAGCUAUAAUUAAGACAGCUCUUCCCAACAUGGACAGAGAAGCCAAAGAAGAAUACUUUGUGGUCAUCCAAGCAAAGGACAUGGGAGGACAUAUGGGUGGACUCUCUGGAACUACGACAGUGACGAUUACACUCACUGAUGUUAAUGACAAUCCUCCUAAGUUUGCACAGAGUCUGUAUCACUUCUCAGUAAUGGAAGAUGUUGCUCUUGGUGAACCGAUAGGAAGGGUGAAAGCAAAUGACCUGGAUAUUGGAGAAAAUGCUAAGUCAUCCUAUGAUAUUAUUGAAGGAGAUGGAAUGGAUAUAUUUGAAAUUACUACAGAUAUCCAAACUCAGGACGGCAUUAUUAGAGUGAGAAAGCCACUGGACUUUGAGACCAAGAAAUCCUAUACUCUGAAGGUAGAAGCAGCCAACGUUCAUAUUGAUCCUCGCUUCAUCAGUGGAGGACCAUUCAAGGAUACAGCAACAGUAAAAAUUGUAGUAGAGGAUGCUGAUGAGCCACCAGUCUUUUCAUCACCUACUUAUCUACUGGAAGUGCAUGAAAAUGCUGCCAUUAACUCUGUGAUUGGUCAGGUGACUGCUCAUGACCCUGAUGUGUCUUCCAGUCCUAUAAGGUUUUCCAUUGAUCGGCAUACUGACCUUGAGAGACAGUUCAACAUUAACGCAGAAGAUGGGAAAAUAACUUUGGCAACACCACUCGACAGAGAAACAAAUACAUGGCACAACAUAACUAUUGUAGCUACUGAAACUAGUAAUGCAUACCAGAGCAAAGCUAGCAGAAGGCGCUGGGCAGCGGGGAACCACAGUCAAGUGUCCCGGGUGCCUGUUGCUAUCAAAGUUCUUGAUGUAAAUGACAACGCUCCUGAGUUUGCAUCAGAGCAUGAAGCCUUUUUAUGUGAGAACGGGAAGCCUGGACAAGUAAUUCAGAUUGUCAGUGCCAUUGACAAAGAUGAUCCUAAAAAUGGGCAUUAUUUCCUAUAUAGUCUUCUACCUGAAAUGGUCAACAAUCCAAAUUUCACCAUCAAGAAAAAUGAAGAUAAUACUCUCAGCAUUUUGGCAAAGCAUAGUGGAUUCAGCCGGCAGAAGCAAGAAGUAUAUCUACUGCCCAUCAUAAUAAGUGAUAGCGGAAAUCCUCCCAUGAGCAGCACUAGCACCCUCACUAUUCGAGUCUGUGGUUGCAGCAGUGAUGGUAUUGUCCAGUCGUGUAAUGCUGAAGCAUACGUACUUCCCAUUGGGCUCAGUAUGGGAGCCCUAAUCGCAAUAUUAGCAUGCAUCAUUUUGCUACUAGUCAUUGUGGUGCUAUUUGUUACACUGCGAAGACAUAAGAAUGAGCCUCUAAUUAUCAAAGAUGAUGAAGAUGUGAGAGAAAAUAUUAUUCGCUAUGAUGAUGAAGGAGGUGGUGAAGAAGAUACAGAAGCCUUUGAUAUUGCAACUUUGCAAAAUCCUGAUGGAAUUAAUGGAUUUUUGCCUCGUAAGGAUAUUAAGCCUGAUCUUCAAUUUAUGCCCAGGCAGGGUCUUGCACCUGUUCCUAAUGGUGUUGAUGUUGAUGAAUUCAUUAACGUAAGGCUUCAUGAAGCUGAUAAUGAUCCUACAGCUCCACCAUAUGACUCUAUCCAGAUUUAUGGCUAUGAAGGAAGAGGCUCAGUGGCUGGUUCCCUAAGCUCAUUGGAGUCCUCUGCAUCAGACUCGGACCAGAAUUUUGACUACCUCAGUGAAUGGGGUCCUCGCUUUAAAAGACUCGGAGAGCUUUACUCAGUUGGAGAAAGUGAUAAAGAAACUUGA